AUGGUCCAUAGAACAAAUAAGGCCCAAAUGGUAGGGAAAGAUGAAUCCCUAAAAAACAGCGAUCCUGCCAGAUUUUAUGAGGGGAUCGUCCCAAUUGUUCCGCAAUUUGCAGAAGGCUGCACCAACAUAUACGGAACUGGAUCCGUUUCAGAAAACCAGCUCUCUGGAAAAGUGAAAGAUGCUUCGGUUGUCACCCAUGAGUUACGGUUGAUAAAGUUGACCAAUGGCGGAGCUCAAGUUAAUGAAAGAGUCUGCGUCUGUUACUUGGAUCUGUUGUGUUGCUAUUCAUUUCAUCAGCCAAUAUCUCCUACAAUAAAAGAUGGGGCUCUUGUCUUGGAGGAUGUUGGUUGCGAGAUUCGUGGUUAUGUCAGUGAUCUUACUCGCACCUGGCCAUCCUAUGGCAGCUUCUCGUCAGCUCAAGAAGAGCUCUACGAUCUUAUUCUGCAAACAAACAAGACAUCUGUGGAGCUUUGCGAACCUGGUGCUAACAUUCGAGAAAUACACAACUUUUCAGUAUGGUUCUUUGUCCCCGAGUUGUUUCUCGUUGAAAUGCUUCACAAAGGACUCGAGGAGAUCGGAAUUCUGAAGGACUCUAGAAGCAGUUCCUACCAUCAGAUGAAUCCAACUUCCAUAGAUAUAAUGCAAACGCAUCAGGCAUAUUGUUGCAAGUCCAUCCCGGAAACCAUUGUCCUCGGACAGGCAGUUGUUCUCAAAGAGGUUUAG